UCGUUCCUGGAGCUGAGACCAGGUGGCCGGAGUCCUCAGGGAUGAAGGGGGGGUUGCUGGAAUCCUUUGGGCAGAAUUAUCCAGAGGAAGCUGAUGGAACUUUGGAUUGUAUCAGCAUGGCCCUGACUUGCACCUUUAACAGGUGGGGCACACUGCUUGCAGUUGGCUGUAAUGAUGGCCGAAUUGUCAUCUGGGAUUUCUUGACAAGAGGCAUUGCUAAAAUAAUUAGUGCACACAUCCAUCCAGUUUGUUCUCUAUGCUGGAGUCGAGAUGGUCAUAAGCUCGUGAGUGCUUCCACUGAUAACAUAGUGUCACAGUGGGAUGUUCUUUCAGGCGACUGCGACCAGAGGUUUCGGUUCCCUUCACCCAUCCUAAAAGUCCAGUACCAUCCACGAGAUCAGAACAAGGUUCUCGUGUGUCCCAUGAAAUCUGCUCCUGUCAUGUUGACCCUUUCAGAUUCCAAGCAUGUUGUUCUGCCGGUAGACGAUGACUCCGAUUUGAACGUGGUUGCAUCUUUUGAUAGGCGAGGGGAAUAUAUCUAUACAGGAAAUGCAAAAGGCAAGAUUUUGGUCCUAAAAACAGAUUCUCAGGAUCUUGUUGCUUCCUUCAGAGUAACAACUGGAACAAGCAAUACCACAGCUAUUAAGUCCAUAGAGUUUGCCCGGAAGGGGAGUUGCUUUUUAAUUAACACAGCAGACCGGAUAAUCCGAGUUUAUGAUGGCAGAGAAAUCUUAACUUGUGGAAGAGAUGGAGAGCCUGAACCCAUGCAGAAGUUACAGGACUUGGUAAAUAGGACCCCGUGGAAGAAAUGUUGUUUCUCUGGGGAUGGAGAAUACAUAGUGGCUGGUUCAGCCCGGCAGCAUGCCUUGUACAUCUGGGAGAAAAGCAUUGGCAACCUGGUGAAGAUUCUCCACGGGACAAGAGGAGAACUCCUCUUGGAUGUAGCUUGGCACCCUGUUCGACCCAUCAUAGCAUCCAUUUCAAGUGGAGUGGUAUCUAUCUGGGCACAAAAUCAAGUAGAAAAUUGGAGCGCAUUUGCCCCAGACUUCAAGGAGUUGGAUGAAAACGUAGAAUAUGAGGAAAGGGAAUCAGAGUUUGAUAUUGAAGAUGAAGAUAAGAGUGAGCCUGAGCAGACAGGGGCUGAUGCUGCCGAGGAUGAGGAAGUGGAUGUUACCAGCGUGGACCCAAUUGCUGCCUUCUGUAGCAGUGAUGAAGAGCUGGAAGAUUCAAAGGCUCUAUUGUAUUUACCCAUUGCCCCUGAGGUAGAAGAUCCAGAAGAAAAUCCUUAUGGCCCCCCACCGGAUGCGGUCCAAACCUCCCUGAUGGAUGAAGGGGCUAGUUCAGAGAAGAAGAGGCAGUCUUCAGCAGAUGGGUCCCAGCCACCGAAGAAGAAACCCAAAACAACCAAUAUAGAACUUCAAGGAGUACCUAAUGAUGAAGUCCAUCCACUACUGGGUGUGAAGGGGGAUGGCAAAUCCAAGAAGAAGCAAGCAGGCCGGCCUAAAGGAUCAAAAGGUAAAGAGAAAGAUUCUCCAUUUAAACCGAAACUCUACAAAGGGGACAGAGGUUUACCUCUGGAAGGAUCAGCGAAGGGUAAAGUGCAGGCGGAGCUCAGCCAGCCAUUGGCAGCAGGGGGAGCAAUCUCAGAACUGUUAUGAAGACGCUUGAAGUUCUUUGUUCUUCCCCACUUUGCCAUCAUGUGGCGUCUGGACACUGUGGUCAGUCAUUUGAGAUUGACUUUAAUUUAAAACAAAGGCCUCUGCCUCCAACCCAGGAGGGUGGAAGGAGUGAAUCAUAUAUUUGAAUGAAGAAGUGAAUUAUGGAAGAAGAGUACACAGCCCUUCCCUUUCAAGCAUAAGUCCAAAUAGGCUCUCAGGAACGAGGAUUUGUGACGACAUCAAACAGGAGUUUUGACUCAUUCAGACUUCAAUGCUUAGUUAUGUUGCUGGAGAAAAGAGACCAGUUUUGCUCAUCUAACUAUUGUGCCCAGGAUCAUUUUGACCUGACAUUUCCUAUCCUAUUUGCCUUCCAUCCUCCGUGCAUGUCCUCGAGUGACUUAUUCUCAUCUGAAGUUUUGCUGCCGGUAUCCUAGAAAAACCUCUGUUGCAUAUUCUGUCUUCCAUUUUUAAACUUAACUCUCUCACCAGAUACCUCCUGUAUUUCCCUAUUGUGUACAGAGGAUGGGCAGAAAAGAAAGUGCUCGAAAGCUUUCAAGUUUUCAGAAACGGAAGAAAGAUAAGAAAGGCCCCCUCUUCUUAACAUACCCCAUUUUGCUCAAGAAGCUGGGCUGUAAGAGGGUCAAGGUUUUUCUUUGUUUUCCUUUCAUUGCAUGUUUUCCUCCAGUAGUGGUUCUUUCUCAUUAAUCAUGGUUUUUGAAGAUAGCUAGUUUUAUCCAUCUGCAGCAAAGAAUCAUCAGUAGGUCAUAUUGCUUCACCUGUGCUGGCGUCCAGAGAGGGAAACAAACCAAGGGGUCUCUCCAUGAGCUUCUUUUUUAUUGGGGUGGGGGAAUCUAUGCAAGGACUAAAGUCAAACCGUCCACAAUCAAAGCAGCAACAACACAGUUCAAAUCAAAGAUCAAGGAAAAAAAAAUUUUUUUAUCGCGUGUGGAUCUCUGUCCCUUCCCUUCUGUCGUGACAUUUUCCCCUUCUUGUAUCCCCGCUUCUCCGUACGACAUGUUUUCAGUCUCUUCCUUUCUGUGAAAGGUUGCUUAGCUUUUUAAAAAAUUUUUUUACUUCCUGCUUCUUGAUUUUGCUGUUCUUUAUAUACAAAGUAGCAGAUAGGAUGGAUGUGUACAUGAGGUGUUUGAAAUUCUCUGAACCCAGAGUCCCAGGUGCGGAGAGGACUCUCUGCAGAGAGCUUUUAGCUGAC